ACAAAACAGAUGGUCCAAUUGGUAACUUUUACAAAAUACAAGGUCCAAAAUGAUAUUUAUCCUUUUAAUAAUUUGCUUGCUAUUCACUACUACAAUGUUAGCCUUUAGAGGCAGUUUUUUCAACCCCAUUUAUAAAAAGGGAAGCUAAAGGGUGUGAAAAUACCCGGUAUGUUCGAAAUUGACAUUUAGAGGCGGUUUUUUGAUAAAAAUCGUAGGUAUAAAAUUGCAUUAUACCAUUUAGAGGCGGUUGGAAAUUAAUUUUUAUUUUUUUUUUCUGAAAUACCCUAUGCCGUCGGUUCCUAUGAAGGAACCGACGCCAUAGGGUCGAUCAGGGUAUAUCCCUUUGCUCGACCUUCCUUCUUCCUCCCCACUUCACUCAUCAACCCAGAAAAACCAGAGACCCUAUUUCUCAGCCAAAACCCUCGCCUCCACCACCUUCUCCCCACCCUAUCUCCCUCAUUUCUCAACCAUUUCAGCCCAUUUUUUUUUUUAAAAUCCUCCAUUUUCGAUACUUAAUAACAUACACCUAAAAAGUUCUGAUUUUUUAGCCUCUAAAAGCUUCAUCCGAACCCAAAUAGUAAAUUUUGGGUGUGAAAUCCGGCCACCCAUUUUUGUUGAGAAAUUGUUCAAUCUCAACCUCGUUUAAGGUAUAAAUAUUGCUUCUAUUCUUAUUGUAUUAUGUAUAUUGUUUUAUUUUUUGUUUUUGUAAAUUAUUAUUUGAGUUUUUUUAUUUUAUUAGUAAUAUUAUUGUGUUUUAUGUGUAUAGUGUCGGGAUUUUUUACGGUGGUCGUCGGAUUGCGGUUAUUAGGGGUUCGGCAUAAUUUUGUGUGUAGCGUAUUUGGGCUUGCAAUUAUAGACAUGGCGAACUCAGAAUCAGGAUCUGAUUCGGGAGCAGAAAAUGAGUGUCCAACCACAAUACCUACACGAGGGCCGACGCAAAUGAAUGAAAUAUCCAAACUAAUGGAUCAGGGCAAAAGAGUGGCCCUCGAAGUUAAUGAUAAAGGUCAAUACUGUGGAAAAAGCUACGCGAAGCUCGUAUCCACUCUGGGAGUCAGAUGUCGGCAGACAAUAGGGUUGGCUUAUAAAAAUUGGAAAGAAGUCAACCAGACUCUGAAAAAUAAAGUUUGGAAAGACAUUCAGACGGGGUUCAUUGUGCCGGACACCUUCAAACAUGAUUGUCUCAUCCUAGCUGGGAAGUUAAUGAAAGACUUCAAGAAUAGGAUGACAAAAGACAUCAUAAUGCCCGCGUUGAAAGAGAAUGAUCUGGGACGACUGGCACAAGUCCCUGAAAAGCACCCGGAGAUCGACGCUGCUGAUUGGUGCAAAUUUGUUGAAAGUAGACUAACUCCUGAAUUUCUGGAAUUGAGUAAGGUGCAACGUGAACGUUCCUCAAAAAUUCAAUCCAGACAUCGAAGUGGUCGGAGUGGAAUGGUGAACGUACGGGAAGCUGUGAAAAAGGACCUCGAAGUUGCAGAUCCUCCCCGCCACCGUGUUUGGAUUAAAUCUCGCACCAAGAGUAGAAAACUUGUCACUGAUUACGACAAGGAAAUUGCCGAGAAAAUAGUAAGUAUAUAUUAAUCCUUAAU